GGUACUUUCUCUGUUUCAGCUAAGGUCCUCCCCUGCACUGUUCCGCGACCUCCGCUUCCUCCGCAUCCCCCGCAGCGUCCGCCGGUCCCGCCGCCAUCGCCUCUUAUUUCCCGCCCACGCUCUUCUCCGGAUCUUCCUUACCCGCCAUAGUUUUGCUUCCGCCGCGUCUAGGCCUUCCGCACUCUCGCGCUGGGGAGCUUGCUGGUUACCUUCGCACGUUCCCUUUUCGCCACGGAUUUCCGUUUCACGCGUUUCGCUCUCCAGUGCUCCUGCCUCAGAUUCGCUCCCGUUCGCGUCCGUCUCGUUGCGAGCCUUUGUACCCGCUACUAACGAACUAGUUACCGACACAAGAUGGCGUUUAUCAUGGAGUUCGUGGAGCAUUUUAUCCGCGCGGGAAUGGAGGAUCCGCGUGAUCGGGACGAGCGGUCCGCUGCGCGAAUCCGGAAAACCAAGGCCAAGUGCGAGGAGCUCAAGAGCAUGUGGGCACAGCCAGUGAAGGCGUACGGCUACUGGGGAAGCGACAGGUUCAACCACAAGUACCUCAUGGACCUCCGCCACAGCAACCUCUCUGGGCGGCAGAACCCUUAUGACACGGUCACUCGUGUAGCAGCCAAUGCUGCGACCGAGGCAGUGAGGGAAUAGAUGGUGCCGCCAUUGGAGCAAUGUCAGGAUUGAGGCAUGAACGAUUGUAUGGGAACAUCUUAUGGUAGUUGCUGAGGAAGAUGAGUUGUGCUAAAGUAGUUGAAGUGUCUAUGAAAAGAUAACUAGUUACAUGCAGUUAGGUUGAUUGACCAUUUAUACAAGGGUCGCUUAUAGCACAC